AGGCUAGAGCAUCUCAAACCUUAAUCUAAGAAGUAUUUCCCUUUUCCAACUUUCAUUGCCACACCUUGGUGAGUAGUGUGGCCAGGCUAAGGUAGGUAUCUUCACAAUAAGGAAUAGUUCCAUUUUCAAAUGUUGCUCUACAGGGUGCCCCUGCUUCUUUUUGUGUGCUUCUGUUUUGCCAAUUCUGCUGCUGUAUCUGCUAAUGAAGCCUCUACAGGAACUGAGGUGACCAUUGAUGCCAAGCCUUCAGAUAAAAAGUUAAAAGGCACAGAGUCAUUUCCAAAAGAGAAAAAGACAUUUUCAAUACCAUUUUUUAAGCCUGUACCAAAGUUGGUUCCGAUUGUUAAACCUAUACCAAUGCCUUUUCCAAAGCCUCUACCUCUACCUAUCCCAGUUUUCCAGAAGCCUAUACCAAAGUGGAUUCCAGAUGUUAAGCCUAUACCAAAGCCAAUUCCUAUCCCGGUGUUCAGGCCUGUCCCAGUUCCAGUGAAGCCAAUACCAAAGCCAUCUCCAACAAUUGAGAAGCCAAAGCCAUGUCCAAUAGCCAAAAAACCUGUACCUACUCCAGUGGUUAAGAAGCCUUUACCAAAGCCAAUUCCUAUUGUUAAGUCAAUCCCAAAACCAUCUCCAACAGUGAAAAAACCUCUACCUAUCCCAUCAAUUAAACCUGUACCAAAAUCAAUUCCAAUAGCUAAGCCAAUUCCUAUCCCAGUGUUCAAACCUAUCCCAAAGCCAUUUCCAAUAGAGCCUUUACCUAUUCCAGUAAUUAAGCCUAUACCCACGCCAAUUCCUAUCCCAUUGUUCAAGCCUAUCCCAAAGCCAUUUCCUAUAGUGGUAAAGCCUCUACCUAUACCAAUAAUUAUGCCUGUACCCAAGCCAAUUCCCAUUUUUAAGCCAAUUCCUAUUUUCGAGCCCAUCCCAAAGUCAAUUCCAAUAGUGCAAAGGCCUCAACCUAUUCCAAUAACCAAGCCUGUACCCAAGUCUAUUCCCAUUGUUAUACCUAUUCCAAUUCCAGUGUCAAAGCCCAUCCCAAAGCCAUCUCCAAUAAUAAAAAAGCCUUUACCUAUUCCAGUUACUAAGCCUAUACCCAAGCCCGUUCCAAUAGUUAAGCCAAUUCCUAAGUCUAUACCCAAGCCAGUUCCAAUUGUUAAGCCAAUUCCUAUCUCAAUAUUCAAGCCUAUUCCAAAGCCAUUUCCAUUAGUUAAAAAACCUCUACCUAUUCCAAUAAUUAAGCCUAUACCUGAGUCAGUCCCACUUGUUAAACCCAUUCCUAUUCCAGUAUUUGAGCCUAUCCCAAAGCCAUUUCCAAUGGUGAAAAAGCCUUUACCUAUUUCAAUAUUUAAACCUAUACCAAAGUCAUUCCCAGUGGGUAAAAUGCCUCAACCUGUUCAAGUUUCUAAACCUAUUCCAUAGUCGUUUCUCAUUUUUGUAAUUAAGCCUAUACCAAUAGCAAAUCCAUUUGUUAAGCCUAAGCCUUUACUUCAAAAACCCUAUUCUUCCUUAAAUACCACUUCCUACCAAAUUCAAGAAACCACUCUUACCACCUCUGCCAAAUUCACAAGCCUAUUCUAGCAUCAUAAGAAUCUUCAUUCCAUACACUUUCUUGUGCUUAUGAAGUUAUCCGCUCCAAUUUGGAAGAACACCUGCAUCUCAAGACCAAUGUUAUUAUAUAUAAGUUUGCACGCAUUCUAUUGUAUCAAUCUUGGAUAUUGAAUUGGAAUGUAUUUAAAUUAAAGCUUUUUCCUCAUCACGAUAUAGCCAAUGUAAAUCGAUGAUGGACUAAUCAAAUAAUGAUGCUGAUUCGCUGGUUUUGGUUAACUUAA